AUGCAGGAUGUGAGGGAAGACCUGCCCAGCACCUUUAAUCGGAUGCUAAGCCAGGAGUUUGUUUGGCGCGAUGCAAGUGGCAAUGAAUCUCCGGUGUCCAACUAUACUUUCGUGUUGCUGCACACCCCGGACCGACCCAGCUUUCCCCAGGCGCUCGCCGGCAGGCCAGUGAAAUUUGGCGCCAACGAGAACUAUACACUGUUCCUUCGCGCAGUCAAUAACGCUGUGGAUGCCACUAAUUGGACAACAUGGGCCAGCGAAUUUACAAAGAACCGUAUAGCGUCGGGAGUGACUUCGAACUACCAAUCGUUAUUGAUGGAGUCUUUCCCAGUCGGCAAGACCUACGUGGCCGCGGAGUUGCGAGAUGAUCUGUGCUUACAAAACACAACUAUACAGAGUGAGGGUGCAGCGAUGUCACAAGGCGUUAAUUUGUGUUCUACACAUCUUUACGUCUCCCAAGAUUUCCAAAACAUACCAAGCCUCUUCAUGAUUUACCCUCAAAUAGGACAAUUCUUCUCUAAUGGCGGCGGUACAUGGCCUGGUUGCUGCACACAUAUGAAUGGAAAGAGGACGUGUCUAUGUGGCGUCUGGUCGGGCCCUCCGGAUCUA